GUUAAAUACAAUGCUACAUCCGAAUUACAUUGAACUCUUUAUACAUUCUUCUUAGUCUUCUAAGAUCCAGAGAAAAAUGGCUCAACAUUACCACUUAUCCUCCCUCUUACUACUUGCAUUUCUCAAUUUAUUCUUCAUUCAUGGCAGCAUACCUGGUGCAGCUGCACGCCACCUUCUAGAGGCACCCCUCCCUGAGAUACCUAAACCAGAACUCCCAAAAAUCCCAGCCUAUCCAAAACCUGAAAUCCCCAGUGUGCCUAAGCCUGAAAUCCCAGAACUACCAAAGCCAAAAGUCCCAGAGAUUCCAAAGCCAAAAGUCCCACAGAUUCCAAAACCAGAAGUCCCAGAUAUGCCAAAGCCUGAAAUCCCAGAACAACCAAAGCCAAAAGUCCCGGAGCUACCAAAGCUAAAAGUUCCAACUAUGCCAAAGCCUAAAGUACCAGCUACACCAACGCCUGAAGUCCCAACUAUGCCAAAGCCUGAAAUCUCAGAACUACCAAAGCCAAAAGUCCCAGCUGUGCCAAAGCCUGAAAUUCCAGAACUACCAAAGCCAAAAGUCCCGGAGCUUCCAAAACUAAAAGUCCCAACUGUGCCAAAAACUGAAGUACCAGCUACACCUCAAAUCCCAACUAUGCCGAAGCCUGAAAUCCCAGAAAUUCCAAAGCCAGAAGUCCCAGCUAUGCCAAAACCUGAAAUCCCAGAACUACCAAAGCCAAAAGUCCCGGAACUUCCAAAGCCUGAAGUCCCAGCUAUGCCAAAGCCUGAAGUCCCAACUAUGCCAAAGCCUGAAAUCCCAGAACUACCAAAGCCCAAAGUCCCAGAGCUUCCAAAGCAAGAAAUCCCAGCUAUGCCAAAGCCUGAAAUCCCAGAACUACCAAAGCCAAAAGUCCCGGAGCUUCCAAAGCUAAAAGUCCCAGCUAUGCCAAAGCCUGAAAUUCCGGAACUGCCUAAACCAACUCUUCCUUCACUUUCUCCACCAUACAAACCAGCUACUCCUUGAGUGAAUUAUAUGCUACGGUCUUCUAUUAGAAAGUACCAACUGAUGUUUUGAGAUUUCCAUCUCAGUCUAUGAAGUUUGCGGCAUGGGCCAUCCUGACAUGGAGAUAGUUUGGCACACAUAUUGGAUACUUUCUGCUAGGAGUAGAAAUAGUAAUUCUUUUAUUAUAGUAUUUGAAUUGGAUGUACCAUUUACGUGUGAUUAUACUAUAUGAGUGUUUUAUGUACUCUCUAUACACUGUAAUAAAGCUAUGAUCUAUGUUAUUUUGGUUUAGUUCCUGUCA